CAAGGCAAGGCGAAAAGGUGAUGGCAUCCAUGGUCUUGAGCACCGUGUUUGGGUAAAGUCCCUUUCAAGGUGCAGCGCUCCAUAAAGAAAAAAUUUUUUUAUAUGAAAGCUUUGCCGCAUCUGACGUUCCUUUUGAACACCACUCGAACUACACUCGUCCUAUCUUCUUCACGCAAGCAACAUUCGUCUUCCAAGAUGGACAAUGGCGGUGCUAUUUUAUAUACAGCAACAUAUAGAGCAGCAAAAAUAACAGUAACAACCACGAAGACGACGACGGUCUCACGAUCCACUGAUUCGAAUUGUACACAACAACCACCAAUCGAACGCGCAUUUUCUUCUGAACACGACGAUUGUUGUUGCAUGUCUCUGCGAUGAUUUUGGAAGGAGUAGGGACAGGAACAGGGAUGGAUAUGCGAUUCUAUUAUAGACCAGGCAACAAAAGAAAUAAAUUAGCACCCGCCAAAAAGAACGACGUUUUUAGCGAUCCUCUACUGUUAUUCUCUGUCUCUUUACUACUAUCGUCAUCCUCGUCAUCAUCAAAUCA